CCAUGGCUUCUUCAUUAACCUUUCCAAAUAGGUUGUACAACAUUAUCUUUAUUGUUAUACUCUGUGUGGGUGCUAAAGCUGUGUCUGUCGAUUCAUCUCAAACCACGGGACAUUUCUCACUCCAGGAAAACGGGAGGCCAUGCUUUCUUCUCGACCUGUCAGCCACCUGCCACGUACAGUACGAAAAGACAGACGGGACUGUCGCUACAGUGUCCUACCCUGUCCCGACAUACAGCCAGGUUAGCGGAUUCUGUGCCACUAAUGACGAAUUCGACACGCUUUCCUCGAUUCAGCUGAAUUUCGGUGACCGUGUUCCAGGACAUGGUUUUAAUGGGACGUUUGCGUUAAUAUUAAAGUAUCAGAGAGACGUUCCCGUCAUGACGCACUUCUGGUUGAACGAAGUGGUCAGCGUUUAUACUCUGUCGCCCGGACUGUUUCCUGACGCAAAGUUUCCCAACGUGCCAGUGCACACGUACAACAUUGGAACCUAUCUCAACACGAGCGCUUUCUUGUCCCCACGUUCAUACCUAUGCAGGAGAGAUAAGGAAUUUUCCUUAGAUCAGUACGUCGAAGAGCGCCCGACAAACGUCACCAUACACUAUAUUCAUGUUCAGCCCUUUCUUGUUCAACAUGGAGGGAAGUUUUCUCAAACAGAAGAAUGCCCACAGGACUUCCAAAGUACAACAGAACCACCCUACCCAGUCACUACCGACACGCUGGUUAUCCCGGUCGGACAUUUUGUUUUGCACGAUGACAAAGGUCAGAUUUGUUUGCUAGCAAACUUUGGCGCCAUGUUUCGUGUGGAGUAUGAACUGAUACAGGGAAUGACGCGCAAUGCCACCUACGUUCUUCCAGAAAACUGCGCCAUUUCCGGCUCUUGUGAAGAGGGAACUGUUCACGUGACAUUUAGUUUUGAUACAGCCUUUAAUUUGAGUGCGUCUUUCUCGUCAAACGAAAAGACAUUUAAGCUGGUGUCAUUAUCAGUGGGAUACAUAAGAAGCGCAGAUAACUUCCCACAUGCCCUGUACCCCGAUACAAGCGAUAUUGAAGAAUUAACGAACUUGACACUAUUGGAAACUGAUGCCGGGAAGUCUUAUCUUUGCAAGGAGCCAGGAGUGAUCAAAGUUGGUCCACAUGUUACACUCGAAGUUUUGGAGCUACAAAUCCAGCCUUUUGACGUCAAGAAUGGAACCUUUGGUGAAACGAAUGAGUGCAACAAGGAUCAUUCGUCCACAAUUGCCCCUUUUCCCACCAUUGUGCCGGCGUCAUCCAAUAUACCGACCAAUCACACACACACUACAACAAACAUGCCGACACUACCGCCCCCUGUCGGUCCUACAGAACCAGUGCAGGGUAACUACACAGUACACGACUCAGAAGGCAAAGUCUGCCUUCUCGCGGACAUGGGCCUACAGCUCAGAAUCAACUACACAAAACAAAAUGGACAGAUUGCCACAGGUGUUGUCAACGUGCCGGUGAACUCUGAAGUGUCUGGUAAAUGCUCCGAAUCCCACUCAUCGCUGACUCUUACAUUCUAUGAUGCAACAUUUAACUUGACCAUCUCGUUCGCCAUGCACAAAAAAGACGGGGACCCAGACACCUAUCAGUGGACAGGCCUUUACCUCUCUUAUGUAGAAGCGCCCUCUAUCUUUCCGGGAACGCAACAUCCAAAUGAGCCGAGACUGAUAUUGAACACUAGCCUCAAUUUAUUUACCACUGGGGCGGGAAAAUCAUACAAAUGUAAUGCAGACGUUGAUAUGACAGUAACAAAGGAUAUGGCAAUACUUGUUCGUCGGGCUCACCUCCAAGCCUUCGGUGUAACAUCUGGGCAAUUCUCAGCUCCGGAUGAAUGCGCUGAAGACUCUAACGGGUCGGUGGAUAAAACAGCAAUAAUCGUUGUUGGAUUUGUUUUAUUAGUUAUAGCCUUGUGUAUAGCUGUUGCUGGUGUUGUCGGUAAGAGGAAAGAGCACAUGGUGUACGUUCGCCUGCCAUCAUUGUUGGAUUGAUAUGUUUUACUUGACAAUCAGGACUGGUAGUAAAAUUACCUGUACCUACAUGACCUACUUUAAUAGGUAAUACAAUGCCCUAGGUGGUUGAAGAACGCAGAUAAGGUACAUCAAAGGCAGCUCUACUGCGAUAUAUCACAUACAUGCCUGUGUGGUCAUUUGUACUGAGAUACCUAUCGGGACUUUGUUUCUAUA